AGUAUUUUGUUGCGCUUUGCAUAGAUAGUGAUAACUCACGUUUAAUGCUAAGAACUGCUCAUUUAGAUGUGUCAGAACUGUACGGCGCUUUAUUAGCAAUAGAAAGCUUCCUUGCGAGUGGCUGAAGCCUGUGUCCUGAUAUGAAAUUGGGUCUGAAUUGAGCGACUGAGAUGCUGUCCACCGGUCCGGAGCUACGGCUAAUGAGGCUAUUGUCUUGUUUAACUCUUGCUUUACUUUUUCAAGCGAGCGACGCCAAGAGGGACCUAAAAAGCGCCUGUACUACAUGCCAGCAAAUAACUGAUAACUUUAACAAGGGCUUUGACAGAACAGCAAAGCAGAACUUUGGUGGAGGUAACACAGCCUGGGAGGAGAGGAAACUGUCUAAAUAUGAGACCAGUGAGAUUCGUCUGGUGGAGAUCUUGGAGGGGCUUUGUGAAAGCAGCAGCUUUGAGUGCAACCGCAUGGUAGAAGAGCACGAAGAGCAUUUUGAAACUUGGUGGUUCAGGAGGAAAACAAAACAUCCUGAUCUGCAUAGAUGGUUCUGCAUUGAAAUGAUCAAAGUGUGCUGCCCCAAGGGAACAUUUGGACCAGACUGCAAUGCCUGUGUUGGGGGCUCUGAGAGACCUUGUCACGGUAAUGGAAGGUGCGAUGGCGAUGGUACUCGUGGAGGCAAUGGAAAGUGCAGCUGUGUCCACGGUUAUAAUGGGGAGUUCUGCCUAGACUGCAUUGACGGCUACUACAAUGAAGUGAGGAAUGACACCUUCUCCCUCUGUACAGAAUGCCACUCCUCUUGCAAGACCUGCACUGGGCCAACUAGUCAGGACUGUGAUGAAUGCAAAGAAGGCUGGGAGGAAGAUGAUCAGAAAACAUGUGUCGAUGUAAAUGAGUGCUCCAAAGAUCCUUCUCCAUGUAAAGAAGAUCAGUACUGUCUUAACACAGAAGGUUCCUACUCCUGCAACGCCUGUGACAAAGUGUGCUCUGGCUGCACUGGAGCUGGCCCCGAUAAGUGCCAGGCUUGUGCCAGUGGAUACCAAGACACAGAGGACACCUGCACAGAUAUUGAUGAGUGUUCAGAGGCAGUAUGCACAAAGGAGAACCAGGAGUGUGUCAAUACUAAAGGCAGCUAUGUGUGCAUCUGCUCAAGUGGCUAUGAGGAGCAUGAUGGCGAGUGUGUCCAGAUGCCACAGCCAGAAAAAGCAGAGGAGUCAGAAGCAUCUGAGAUGACCACAAGUCCACACGGGGAACUUUGAUAUCAUUAGUGGGGCCAGCAGGAGUGAAUCAGGUGGAACUCUUGAAAUUCUGAACGUGCAGCCUCUCAUUUUAAGCGUUGACUACAUGCACUUAUGUACAGUACCAGUGUUUUCUGGCAGUGGUUCAUGGACCGAAGGACAAAAGAAAAGACAUUCUAAGCUCAGUAUGUUGGUCAUUGUUGCUUUUCUCUGCUGUGCUGAAACUACCACUUGUCUGUAUUUGUUGUAUGAUUUUAAAAAGCUAACGCAUUUCAAUAAAGUUGAAUUAUGU